AUGAGGUUGAUGUGGGCUGAUUCGGAUAGCGACAGCGACCUCGAAACAAUAUGUGUCACCGACACACCGAGGUCUGAUGUUGCAGACCCAUUCGAGGCCGAGUCGCACGAGUCUUCCCCGCAGACAAGUAACAAUGAAGUUGAGGCUGAGUCAUUGGUGCCUUCUGAACAGCCGGGAAUAUCUCCGUUUUCCUCAGCGGAGAAUUAUGGCAUGGUCGUGGCGCUUGAGCUGCACAACUUCAAGAGCUACCGAGGCACAGUUCGCAUUUGUGAGUUCAGGAAGUUCACCGCCAUCAUCGGGCCCAACGGAUGCGGGAAGUCGAAUCUGAUGGACGCUAUAUCGUUUGUGUUAUGCGUUAGUUCGACGGUAUUGCGAGGGUUGAAUUUGAAGGACCUCAUUUACAAGCCUGGCGACUCUUCUGCCGAGCCUGUUGCGGAGGCUUACGUCUCUCUCACAUUGAAUGGCGCGAAUCGGCUCGUUGUUUUUAAACGCCAGAUCACCCAGGCAGGCGCGGUGAACUACUAUGUGGACGCUGCAUCGGUUUCGUUCAAGCAGUACAAGGAGAGCCUGCGUGAGUACCGCAUCAACACUUUGGGGUCUACGGGGUUGAUUUUUCAGGGUGCUGUGAAUGACAUCGCAGCGCGUUCCCCGGUUGAGUUGACGCGUUUGUUCGAGACGAUAAGUGGCUCUUCUUUGUACGCCAAGCCCUACAGCUACAUCAAGGAGAAGCUUGAGCGCAGGCGUGUGGAGUAUCGCGAUCUUGUGUCACGUAAGCGAACUCUCCAGCAGGAGUUGCGGCAGUAUCGCAGCAUGGUAACAAAAGGAAUCGACUACGAAGAGGUGUUGUCGCGGUACAAGCACGCUGAAGCGCGCAAGCAUGCGUGCGAAUUCCGCCUGCAUGAAGUCAAGUUCUCCACGCACAAGUCGGAGUACCUGCUUCUGUGCCAGCGGGCUGCCGAGUUGAACGAGCGCUGGUCGACGAUGCAGGCUAAAAGAGACGACCUUGAGCGGCAGCGGGCGGCACUGUACUUCGAGCAGGGGCAAUUGCACAGGACUAUACAGGAUAAGCAGCGUGUGCUCUUGUCCAAGAAGGAGUCUAUGAGCGAGUACUACGAGCAGAAGUCUAGUUUAGAACAGCGGAUUUCCGAGUUCGACUCUUUACGCCAGUCGAUUGAGAAAGACGUUGACAAUUUGCAGCGUGAGCAUGAAGAGCUGUGCUCACACGAAAAUCAGCUGUGCAAUGAAAUCGACGCAUUAUCUGCCGAGCUUGAGGGUUUAAAUACCACGUCGUUGUCAUUGACUCCGUCGCAACGUACGAAAUAUGAGACUUUGCUGCAGAUCUUCAACAAGAUCACUUCCGCCAUUCGGGUUAAACUGAAUAUCGGGCGUGCAAAGUUGACCGCUUUGUCCUCUGACGGCGACAAUAUUCGGGCAGAGCUGGAUUCGCUGAACAAGUACCACGCCAAGCUUGUGGAGGCUGCCAAGCCCCAUGCGGGCAUGUACGACGGUUUGUGCACGCGUCUUCGUGAGACGCAGGACUCUAUGGAGCUCCUUUCCAUGACCCAGUCGCGGCUUGAGCAUGAGCGUUCGCAAGUGUCCUCACGGCGCACAGCGCUGCAGGAGGAGAAGACGGCUCUUGACGAGAAUCUUAAAACGCUGAAUGUGGCCAAGGUGGAGUACCGCCAGAUUCUGAGACGUAGAAAUUAUACGCAGGAACUCAUGUCAGCAAUACCUGGCGUGCAUGGUGAGGUUAUAUCGCUCUGUGAAAUCACUAACGCGUGUUACCACGAUGGGAUAAUGGCCGCGCUUAAUACCCGCAGUCAUAUGAUUGUGACGGACGAUAUGUCUGCCAUCAAAGCCUGCAUCAAAAAGCUGUGCGCUGAUCGUGUUUACAAACGUGACUUUCUGCCGUUGGACUCUCUCAAGCAUAGUAAGUUGGAUCAACGUAAGCGCAUAUCCGACCUGCUUCGUAUGCGCGGCGUACGCGUGCAGUACACGUUCGCCAUUGACUGUUUGGUUUUCCAGCGCCAGUACGGUUCUCUGUUCGAGCAUCUGAUUGGUGACACCGUGGUGGUUCAGACUCUUGACGACGCCGAGGUUUUAAUAUCGGCUGACGUCGGCAGCUCCAUGAGUUUCAAUGUAGUAACGCAGAAGGGCCAAGUGAUUACCCGUGACCGCACAAUUAUCCUCGAUUCCGCCGUGUAUACGAAAAAAUCGCAUCUUGAAUUAGAGCUGGCGGAAUUCGGUCGCCUCACACUCAAAUCGGAGCGCCUUGACCAGGAUAUUCACGUUUUAACGAAGAGGCUCACCGGCAUUGAGAAUGAGUUGCAGGAUACCAUCGGCCGAAUACAGAAGCAUCGCAGGGCUUCUGAGCUUCUGAAAAUGAAGGUGGAUUUCGCUCAGCGCCAGAAGCAGGCCUCUGAUCAGCAGUUGCGCAACUCGGAAACCAAGAUCGAAGCCGUCCGGUCGAAGCUGUCCGCUGCACAAGACGAAAUCGAUAAGAUGCGUGCAGAGACGGCCAAGGAUGAGGCUGUUUUGAUUGGGUUGCAGCAGACUCAUUUCGAGGACCUAAACGACGAGUUGGGCGUUGACGUGCACGGGGUUCUGAAUUCGCGUCAGGAAUCCGCUGUCCGUAUCGAGUCCAAUCUGGAGCGCAAGCGUGCCCUAUUAACUCGCUGUGAACGUGACAAGGUUGAAAUCGAGAAUCGCAUUGAGGACAUGCGUGAAAGCGUUCUUGCUGACGUGGUAGCGCAGCACCAGAGCGCCCUUGCUGAGUUGCAUACACUUUUGAAAAGCAAUCAAACACUUUAUCGCGAAGUUGACGCUUUGGAACGUGACCUGGCAUCAGAUCGCGAGAAGUUUGAUUCCUUGUCACGGCAGAUCGAGAGUUGCCAUGAGCGUAUCAAGUUUGUUCAGUACGACCGCGAUUACGGCAUUGACCACGCACGGCCUUCUGAUGGGAACGCGACAACUGAUGUCAAUGACCCUAACGGUGGUGACAUUGAGAUGCUAUCUGGAGAUGAGGGGUAUGUCGUUGGCUCAGGAGAUGAUGGUAGAAGUUCGGGCACUGGUCGCGUGGUCCCGCUCAGCGAAUCCAAGGAAGCAGUAGCCUCUCAGCUGUUAACGCUGGUGGGUACAAUGCGCAAUCUACAACGCCAAGCGAUCCAAUUGGUCGAAGACUGUCGUCUGCGGAAUGUAGAAUGCAAGAUAGAGGUGCCGGAGUCACUCACCAGCGCGUCCUCCGAUUUCGUGACCGAUUUUCCUCAGCUGGUCACCACCGAUUUGAUAGAAGGCGUAGCCGACAAUGAAGCAGGCCUUGAAGAUUUCAUUAAAUGUUUAGAAGAGCAAAUGCAGUCACUGCGCAAGAGUCUUGGGGCAUCUCGUGCCUGUGACGAUGCAGAAGUGCGCCUGAAACGAACGCAGGUAGACAUCGAUCACCUGGAUGCCGAAAUGGCGUCCGCCAAGUCAGAAAGCGCCAGCUUGGAAUCCGACUUCGAGCGUAUCAAGAAAGAACGUACAAGUCUAUUCAUGAACUGUUUCCAGAGCGUUAAGGCCCUGGUGGGUCCAAUUUAUCGCAGCCUUUCAGCUCAGGACGAUACUGACGAGAUGAGCGGCGGUUCUGCGUUUUUGACGUUGGAUGACGACGUCUCCGGCAGCGUGUCUGAGCCUUUCCUAUGCAGCAUCCGAUACAACACGAUGCCGCCCAUGAAGAAGUUCUUGGACCUGAGUCUGCAGAGCGGUGGAGAGAGGGCCGUUUCUUCCCUCGCGCUUCUGUUGGCCCUUCACAGCUUCAGGCGCUCCCCGUUCGUGGUAUUUGACGAGAUUGACGCGAACUUGGAUAACGUAAAGGUGCAGAGUUUGGUGUCGUUUUUGCAGCGCAGCGCAUUCCAGGUGAUCAUCAUAUCGCUGAAGGCGCGACUUUUUUCCCGCGCCGACAUGCUGGUAGGCGUGUACUCACGCCACGAAAGCGCAUCGUCUAACUGCGUCGUGCUGAACCUAGAAGACUACGGAUAUUCCAGCGAGGCCAAUUCCGCUGUUGCCGCUAAUGGCAAUGUAAUGUAG